GGAGUUCCCCAGUGCCGGCCGGGCUGCCGAAGCGAGGAGGCGCCAAGAUGGCUGCGCGGUGGGGCGGCGGCGCGGGGCACGCCGGGGCCGGGGGCACCCUCCCGCUGCGAGGCGGCGCGGACCCCGCGUUGGGCGGCGGCCUCUCCUCGACGCAGUACUUACUGGCAGAGGAUUUACAUUUGGCAUCAUUGGAGGCAGAAACCAUUCUCGAAGCAGGAGAAUUUCUUGAAACAAUGCAGGACUACUUAGACUCUUCUGUCAUCUCUAUCAUUGAAGAUUUCAGUAGUUUGAAUGAGACAAAGGGCCACAUGGAUGCUGAGAAUGAGCUUUCCCUAUUGACUGCAAUCACUGAGAUACUGGACAGCACCGAUGAUGAGUCUCUUUCUCCUUUUGACACAAUUCCCGACUCUGAGUUACUCACGUCUCCCAGGGAACGUGAAAAUUCUUCAUUUCAGAGGUUUCUCAGCUUAUCUGUAUCACCCCCUAAGAAAGACUUGAAUACCGAGGAUUUUACAGAACCUAGACUGUGUAACAUCAUGGCAGAGAAGGUUGAAGCCAGCACUGCCAGCCUUCCCUUGUCACUGACUGCAACUUGUGCAAAGGAUUUGCCUGCUUCAAAGAAACCUAGUGGCAAAGCGCUUUGGGGGGAGCGGAGGCCGUUCCGGCACAGGGAGCGAGACCCACCUGUGCUACAACGCAGUGAUGGGGAAGAGGAGGAGGAGGAGGAGACUUCUGCAACAACCUGCCAUCAGGGGUUUGUGGCAGAUGUAGUAGAGAUUCCGGUAGCAAAGGAGGUUAAAAGAGACCCUGGUGAAAGUGAUGGCCCCUAUAUCAUUGCCCCAGAGAGUAUCUCCCUCAGUGAGCUGGUGAGGUCAAUGCAUCCUUACUGUCAGCGCAACAUUACUGUAUGCUUGAGCCCUGAAAGUCAGCCUCUUGCUGAGGAACUCCUUGCUGGUCCAGUUGUCUUGGAAAUAGUGCCAGAAGAUGGAGAGAGCAUAGAAAUACCAGUAGCCCUGCAGAAUUUUGAGACAAUGGAGCUCCCACACAAAACCAAUAGUAACUGGCCUGACCCUGUGGUCCCUGAGCUGGAAAACAUAUUAGCUGAAGACAACACCAAAACUCCAGUCCUGAGCAAGGAACUUGACAAACAGGCAAAGGAAGCAAGCAGGGCUGCCCUGCAAAAUGCAGAAGACAUUCAUAUACAAGUAAAAGAGAAAGGUCAGAAAUCAAUAGGUGACCAGAUGAGCAAAUCUGCAUCUAAGCAUGUAAGUGUCUCUGGCUCAGAGAAGGCACAGAUAUGUGGCCAGUCCAAGAAGAAGAGGAAAAAAUGUAGUGAGGAAAUAAAGUGGCACAAAGAAACUGUAAAUUGCAAGGAGAUUAGUGCCUCCUCUGAAGAACACUACAGGACUAAACCAAGCAACUCUGUAUGCAAUGUGGAAUUAACUGAAAAAGAGCUGGAGAAAGCUGAACAGCAAGGCCAGAGUGAGUUGCUCCCAAACCAAGCAUCCCAGCCAGUUGAAAACUUAGAUACUCAAGAGGAGGAAUUGCUAAAGAGCGAAUCAAACAAAAAGCCUCCAACCCCACUUGAGCCAAACUUGGAAAGUGCAGAAAUCGCACCACACAGAGAAGAGGGACUUUCUAGUCAACACAGAGGGAGUGCAGACCCAGAGCCUAUUUAUCAGAGAAAUGUGCAAAGUGAGCCUGGAGAAGGAAGUUCAGCCAUCUUGCCAGUGAAUGAGAUGGAAAGCCCAAAAGCUUCCCAGUUACUCCCCAGCAGUACUGUGGAUCUUGUAGGGCAACCUCCUAAGAGCCCCCUCUGCCCCAUUAAUGAGGAGGCUAAGGAAGCAGCAACAAAAGAAGCUAAGCCCAAACCUCUUAGCUUAAGUGAAUAUAGACGGCGUCGACAGCAGCGCCAGUCUAACGAUGGAGGAACCAAGAGUAUAAUGGAGAACCUUAGCGCCAGCAAGUGGCCCACUCUCCCCGAACUUCCCACAGAGUUGGCUGACCUUCCUUGCCUAAUAGUUCCUCCACCACCCACCAAGGUGGCUAAGCCAGAGCUGGUGAAGGAGUGCGAAAGGCCCACUGGCUCCUCCACUCCUCCUCCUCUGAUUGGUAAAGACAGCUCCACGCUUGUGUCCUUGCCAGUCCCUACUGCAGCAGCAGUUGCAAAUUCUUCUCAGCUUGGCUGUGUGAACAGUGCUGCUCCUACAACAGCCCUCUCCAUUCCACCACCAUUGCCCAGUCAUGCAGGUGCCUAUCCCCCUGUGGGAGUGCAGGUGCCCUCAAUACCACCCCCACCUUACCUUCCUACAGCUCCUGGGUCUUUACUCCCUCCCGCUUCUGAUCCCUUCAUCUUGGGCUCGCAGCCACCACCAGUGCCUUCCUGGCCUCACUUUCCCCCUUUGCCAACCAGCUACCAAAGUUUGCCACCUCCACCCCUUGCUCCUGAGAUUUGUCCUCCUGUCUUUCAUAUGCUUCCUCCUGUGCCAUCUCCGAACUGGCCUCCCCCACCUGUCCCCUUGCCACCUUUUGCCCCAGGCCUCCCUUGCAGUUCUAUGGAGUGGAGCCUGAGACCACAGCCUCCCUUCUGGACUGGUAUCCCAGUACCACCACCAGUGUUGCCCUUCUCUUAUGGGGAUCAAAGGACUCUUAUGCAGAAAACCCCAGUUGGCACUUUGCCUGCUCUGGCUCCUUCUAAAGAGAUAUUUGCCCAGCACAGUAAGCCCUUGACACCAGAUUCCUCUCCCUUCAGAGGGCACAAUUUGGCAGUGAGUGAAACACCAGGACUGUCCAUCAAAGGGCCUGGAGGGCAAAUUCCUGCUCCAGUCAAGACAACUGCCAGAAGAGUAUCUAACCCAAGGAAGCAAAUACAAUCCUUGGCUGUUGAAGUCAGUGAAGAGGAGGCCUCAAGCAGUUUUCAGCAGUUUGAGAAGCAGUCUUCUCUCCUCUCCAUUGUGGAGUCCCCAGGGCAUGUUAGAAAGAGCUCCAGCCCUCAGGCCUUGGAGGAACCUCCUUCUCUCCCACCUUCCCAGCAAGUCACAGAACUCACUGGCACACUGAAAUCAUCUGAAGAGUCUUCUGUUCUGCCCGCUCUCCAGCAGAAUGCCAAAGAAGCUUUGCCUACUUCCCAACAACAAAAAGAGGAGGCCUCCUUCCUGUGUGCUCCCUCACUAAAGGAAAAACAAACAAUGUCAACUGAGACCGAUAAGAAGAAUGCUAGUCCCACAAAUUCCCCUGCACCAACAAUGCCCCAGAAGGUGAAUGAGGCUCGCCAGUUUUUGAAGAAACCAGCCUGUACAUGGAAGCAUCAACCUUUCUUCAGCAUUGCACAGGGCAGCCGCAAUAAGGAUAUUGUUCAAGCAUUUAUCAGUGAAAUUGGAAUUGAAGCCUCUGACCUGUCCAGUCUGCUAGAGCAAUUUGAAAAGACAGAAGCUAAAAAGGAAGCAUCUAAUGUGACAAAGGCCAAGGAAAAUUUGACUUUAGGGAAUGAUGGUUCUGAGUUACCACAAGAAAAGAAAAUGGUAGACCGGCUUCAGGCACCAGAGCUCACCAAUAUUGCAGGCUUGACUCCUCCAGCCACCCCACCUCAUCAUCUGUGGAAACCUUUGGCAGCUGUCUCACUUUUGGGGAAACCUGGGUCUCAGAAAGGUGCCAAACCUCACAGAAAAGCUCCAGCCCAUGUAGGUUCUGGUGAACAUGACUACUGUCAGCUCACUGCUGCUCAGUCGAAUGGAGGUGCCCGAUGGAAUGUCAAACAAAAUCUGGAUAUCACUAUAAAGCCUAUCACAACCAUGGCGAAUCAAGCACCAGAACAACCUGCUUCUGCUAAGUUUCCUGCUCCUGCCAUACUGGAUCCUGCAGGCACCAUCAGUAUGACUACUAAUUGCCAGGAUCCCAAGGAGGCUCCCAGCCCUAUUAAUUCUGGGGAGGACCAGAUCAGAGCAUCUACUCCUGUAACAGUUAGCUCAGACCCUGUAAUAUCAGAGUCACUACAGUUAAAUAGCGGCCUCCUAAACCUGCACAAAGAGCCAUUGGACCACCGGACUAAUACAUCAAAGUCUAAGACUAGGGGCAGUGAUGGGUCAUGUUCUGUAUUGCUAUCGCCAGCUGCAUCACCUUGCUGGGAUGGAGCAGAAUCAACCUUACAGCAACCCCAGGAGGUUCAGCAGAAGCGCCUGGCUUCCAAACGCUCCUUGCGAUGUUACCGAGGGAGGCAGAAGUCAGUCAGCCCCCAAAAUGACAGCUAUCAAGGCAGACGAAAUCGUGCGAGCCAGUCUUUCAGCUCCAGUUCUGAUGGGGAAAGUGAUUCUUCCUUAUCUUCCUCUUCUUCCUCUUCUUCGUCCUCUUCCUCCUCAUCACGGUCACGUUCUCGGUCUCCACCAUCGAAGCGCUGGCGAAGCCGUCGCUCACGAAGUUCCAGCUCUUCCUGUGGAAGUUCAUGGAGUCGGUCAAGAAGCCGGUCCCCGUCUCGAUCUUCCUUUUACUCUUCCUACUUAUCAAGAUCAUCUUCCCGCUCCCCUUCUCUGCACAGGAGAAAGAGCCGCCGGAGAAGAUAUGCUUCAAGCAGUUCCCGUGAGCGUUACCAAAGGCAGAAAAUCAGAUACAAAGAGCGUGCAAUAGAAGAACGCCGUGUUGUCUUCAUAGGAAAAAUCUCCAACAGGAUGACACCUUCAGAGCUGCGACAUCGCUUCUCCAUUUUUGGGGACAUUGAGGAUUGCACACUGCACUUCCGGGAGCAUGGGGAUAACUAUGGCUUUGUGACGUACCACUGCCCUGAAGAAGCCUAUGCUGCCAUAGAUGGUGGACAUGCACUGCGUCGUCCUGAUGAGCAGCCCUUUGACCUGUGCUUUGGUGGACGCCGACAGUUCUGUAAAAGGAAUUACACUGACUUAGACUCUAAUAGAGAUGACUUUGAACCAAUUCCUGUGAAAAACAAAUUUGACUCUCUUGACUUUGACACCUUGUUAAAGCAGGCUCAGCGGGGACGCCGGAGGUAACGCUGGCUCUUCCGGGCUCAUUUUGCCCGGUAGGUAUCUGCCUACACCAGCCUUUACCUCAGAUUGGCUGCAGGGGUAGGUGCCCCCCAGGCCUAGCUGCUAUGUUCAGCAUGAUUUUUUUAAGGAAAUAUGGUAAAAAAUCAAUAAACAAUUUAUAUCCUGUUUUUCUAAAGACUAUUUAAGAAGCUCGACACUUUGUUUGACAGUGAGGAUAGGAAUGGACAAGUACCCCCUUCAGUUUGCUUAAUCACUAUGCAGACAAUAAACUCUAAUCAUAGACCUACUAAA